AUGAAACAAGACAUACAAUUGUUUUACGUAUUCGACGACUCUAUCGGAUAUAACAUAUUGUUUGUGACAAAGGAUGACCAGGUUUUCGGAUUAGGCGUUAAUAGCGCGGGUCAGCUCGGGUUAGGCCACAACACGGCUGUCCAUUCAGCCAUUGCGAUAUUUGAAUUAAGUCACCUGGUUGGGGAAGCAACGAUUAUGGACAACUCGGACAUGGUCAUACAAUUGCCGGAUACUAAACUGAGCAUGAACCCCGUAAAUAAUGAAAACAUUUACAAAGUGUUAUUCAAUGAGUUAUCCCAAAUUGGCACUGGCGGUUUUGGUACCCUGGAUAAUUACGUAAUCAAAUGGUAU